CGAGAACAUUGGAAUUCCUUUUCCUUUUCUUUUUCGAGGCUGUGUCGCUGCUCGCGUGUUUCCCGGGUUUGAGCUCAAAAGAACAGAGUGUCCCACGCUGGUUGCGUAGCUUCUAACUCCCUAGUAGAAUUCAACUUCGUUCCUGGAAAAACAGUCUUGAUCUCACUACCUCGUUCCAUUAUAACUUCGGAUCUAGCCUCGCAAAAGACAAGAGCCAGCUGUAACACCGCGAGGCUGUACACGCCGAUCGAAAACACAGCCUUCAGGCAGCAAUCAUAUCAUACCUCACACAAUGGGAACCAAAGAAAUCUGCAUGGCCGAUGGCUGUUACGAGUAUUUCGAGCGAGCUGAUGGUGACACCCGCACAACAAAAUGCCCAGCCUGCCGGGCAAAGGAACGAUCAGGGAACCGAUCCGCACUCACUCGUCAACAAGGACAAAGCGAGGUGACCAGAUUUGCGAGCCAGGAGGAGAGGCAACUUGCGCAGGCUGUGCUGACUAGGGCGCCUCCGCGUGGCCACUAUCUCCAAUCCGAAACCAUCAACAUUGAUUUUGGAAAGGGGACGAUGAAUAUUGACAGGAAGUUUGAGCCUGAACCUACUGUGAGGAGUACGGGGCUGGGCCUUUUAAGUGGUUGGCUUGGGGGAAAGGCUACUUGAGAAGCUGAGAUUGAGAAGACACGUGGGUCCGAGGAAAGGAAGAUAAUGGGUUACGGUCAUGUCGGC